AUGGAGCUAUCAUCCAUGGUGGAGCGGUCAGGUGAUCGCCUGGUGGUGCGCAGCUUGGUAAAUGGAGCUCCACUUUACCAGUCAUCCUUUGAGGGUGGAGCAGUUGCGGGGCUGCCAAUGUCGCAAAGCUUGCAGCCGCUUAUAGGUCCGGAUUUUCUGGAGCAGUACAAGGCGAACAACUUCAUUUUUCCAAUAUCGGUGCCCGGUUUUGUUCCCUCGGAAACUGCAGAACCUGUGGACCUGGCCAAGGAGAAUAUGGAGAACACACUGCCAGAGGGCAAUCCGACCAUCAACGAGGAGGAGCUGCCCCAGUGCAAGAUACGGCGUAACUACAGCUGCAACCAGUGCGCCUUCUUCACCCAAAAUCCACGCAGUCAUCUCUCCCAUCUUCGCGACGUCCAUGGCGAGCGAAUUGUGAUCAAUGAGUGCAAGUUGUGCCUCUACGCCUCACGCCACUUUCAGAAGCUGGUGCGGCACAUGAAAAUGGUGCACGGCUGUUCGGAUGAUAGCGGCGGAGUGCAGGGAUUAAGUGCUCAGACGCAGGGAAAGCGAAAUCUAUCCAGGGAGGUGCGCAAGCGUCGUCUGGAGGAGAGCAUUGAAGGCCAGGGUGCCACUGGGCAAUGCAUGGACCCCAGCCUACAGCGCAUGAUCCAGAAUGGACCACCACUGGAGCAGCUUAAAAUGGAGCUGCAGCAGCAGGAGAAGCAGCUAUUGGCCAGUGUCCAGGCGUACAAUCAGCAGCAGGAUAUGCUGCAGCUCCAGCAGAUCGUCGAGAGGCACGACAACAUAUUCUCCAUGGCCUACGAGUACCAGGCCAAGAUGAUGACGCCCAAACAAGCAGAAGCCUUGAAAUCGGACGAGCACAACAGCAGCUCCGAUUCCGAGGGUCCCCCGAAGAGUCCUUCGCCGGAUAACCGUGAACUGCAGCCGGGUGUGGAGCAGUUUCAAUGCCAGAAGUGUUCGUAUAGCACACCCAUCCGGGCCAGAUUCAAGAAGCACGUCAAGUACCACUCCAUGCCGCUGAUCAAGUGCAGCUCAUGUGAUUUUCACACUCCUUACAAGUGGAAUCUGGACCGGCACACCAAGAACCAUGGUGCCAAUGGCCAUUUCAAGUGCUCAGCCUGUGACUUUAGCACGGAUAUCAAGCAAUCGCUGACCAUACACGAAUUAAACCAUCAUGUGCCCACGGUGGGUACCCAAAUGGGCAACAGACGUCGAGAUGAGGCAGAGGAUCAGCGGCCAAGUGGUUCCAUGAAACCGGAAACGGUAAAAGUUCGUCCUUCCGUUGCAGCAGCUGAAUCUCCUGUUCCCCAGCCUUCGGGGAUCGUUUGCUCACACUGCCAAAAGCGGGUGGCCAAUGCCAUCCAGUUGAUCAACCAUCUACAAGUGUGCACUUCAGCCUUGCAGAACACCACCCAACUGCAGGGUUCUCUCAACGGGGAAGUGGAUCCUUCCGAUGAGGACUUUCCCACUCCUCCCACUGAUCUUAACUAUUGCGGCGUAGAAACAGCUCCGGGCUAUGGAGAGGUCACAGAAGUUUUGCCGGAGGAAUCCGAUGAUUCGGCACCAUUGAAGAAGGUUUUUAAGUGUCCUCAUUGCACUUUUUGGGCCGCCACUGCAUCUCGCUUCCAUGUCCACAUCGUUGGUCAUCUGAAUAGGAAGCCCUUUGAAUGCUCUCUGUGCGCCUAUCGCUCCAACUGGCGCUGGGACAUCACCAAGCACAUCCGCUUGAAGGCCAUCCGCGACAGAUCCCAUAACCAGGCCCAGGUGCUAAUGAACGAUGAGACCGGGAGGCGCAACUACGCCAAGUACAACCAGUAUCUGACUAUGAUGAAGGUAAGCGCUGAACAGUUGGCCGAUUCCAAGGGAAUGCGCACGGGUGAAAUGAUUGUGAUGCCGCCGGAGAAGCUAGUCGACCAUCAUCCCAUGGAAACGGAGGAGACCAUUGAGAUGGUGGACAGUGCUCACUCGACCUCUGCACUGGAUCUACGGAAGCCUAGGGAUGACCACUCGGAAGAGCUAGCAAGUAACAGCGACAGGAAGCCACAAGAGGGGGCCAAAUGCGCCAAGUGGCUUACAAAUUUAGAACCCUUGUCCACCUUGUCCACAUUGACCACCAAGCCAAUUUCCAAAGAGUCGCCUCUGGAUUUGACCAAGUCAGAUGGUGGUCAAUCAGACGAAACGACAUCCACUGAUGACCUUCAUGAAUCCAAUGAAAGCGAUUAGAACGCAUAUUUGAUUCCUUAAUUCUCUCUAACCAUUUUACA